AUGUCCGCCAAAGAAGUCGGGCCAGGUAAACUUGCUCCUGCUGCAGCAAGAAGAGGCGCACUGAAGCGCGCUGACGGCCAACCAUUGACACGCCACGACCUCCAAUAUGAUGUCCUCUCCUACAUUUUCAACGAUGAAAAUGCAGUAUUCACCGACCCAUUCAGCUCGCCACCCGGCGAAAAGGUUACUUUCCGUGACCUCUACGUCUCCGCCAUCGUUCGCGCCCCGAAGACUGCACGUUCCGUACGCGACAAGAUCGCCGAGUCUUCUGCUUUCGCAACAGACUUCGCAAUGCUCUCUCUCCUUGCAAACGUUGGGCGAGUUAACACCUCCAUGGCGUUCUUCCCCGAGACACGCACUGCACUAAGGACGUACCAUCCCGUCCCGGCGCUGCAGCGGACUGACGGUAAUCUGACCGACGCCCCGCGCAUCAGGAACGCGCUCAAGUCUUGUACGCUUCCAAGCGAGUCAAAGCAUGUUCCGACUUCACCGUUCAAUAUUCUCGCACUGAGGGAUACAGGUCCCUUCCCAACGACGAGCGUUUUCAAUUUGCUCUUUGUCCUUACACAACAUACUGCCGGCAUUGGAACAUCUCACUUCAACGAAGACGCUGGCCUUGAGUUCACUGACCUUUUCCAGCCAGUACCGGUUCCAUCUGCCGAGCGUGGCCGAGCCUUUCUUUGGGUAGUCUUCCACUACCUCGAGUCCGCAGCCACACCCAACCCCUUUUCCGACCCUCCUCCCGAAGAAGGCGACUCUUCAUCCGAAUCCAAAGACAUUCGCCCCAUGGCUCCCAGAAUGCAUCGUGUUGACCCCAGCAUGCUCGUCAAUGAGAACGUCGACUUGCCAGAGGAGAAAGAAUACGGCGAGAAGAUGAGCGAGCACCGUAGACAAUUCCUUGAGACAGAUCGGGAGAGACAAGAGGCUGUUAAUGCUGCAAAGGUCGAUGGGACGGAUGGCCCUCCCGGUUCGUCAGAAAGAGGUGCAAGUGGGACGCCUGCUCCCGUGGCUGGCACGUCGAUUUCUAUCAAGUCGAAAGGGAAGUCCGGUCGGAAGGCCGCGCCGGAGUUUGUCGAUGCAAGUAGCGGAUACAUGAAAUUCAGCUACAAAGACAGACAGAACGACAAACCUGCACUCCAACUCCAACCAGACGGUCCUUUGACUCUUGCUCCCUCGGCUAGUGCUGGUACAGCAUAUGAUAACAGUCAUCGCCAAAGUACAGGUACAGGACGCGGAAAGAAAUCCAAACGCGGGAUGCAGACCGAGCCAUAUGACUUCGUUUAUGCACCUCCUUCACCUGAGAGGUCGAUGUUCCAACAAGCGUGGCAUAUCAUCAACACAAAAGACGUUCUGUACGACUCAGACGACGAAAGUGCUGACCAGCAUGUUCGCUUGGACUACAUCCGCCGUCUCCAAACUCUAAGCCGUCUCCGCGGCAAAUCACCCACACCCACUCCCGAGCCCGACGCUCACCCACAUGCGGGUGAGGUACUCGGAGUCGACCCAUUAGUACACCCACCACCACCCGAAGUGGAGUUCCAGCACCAUCACGUCGCUCCGCCCGAGAUGGACGUUGACGACAGUUGGUAA